AAUGGGUAUAAAGCCAUCACUGGAUGCAACUGAAGAACAUUCAGAAGCAAAACGAGAAGAUGGAGGCAUUGGGAUUCCUGGUGCUAUGCAGUGUGAUGUUCUCACAUUGUGUUCAAGCUCAAGACUCCUGUCGAUACAACUGCGGAAACCACCUAGGAAGCUGUUCCUGCGACUACUCCUGUCAAUACAAUGGCAACUGUUGCUUUGACUACUACUCUCAGUGUUCAUACACUCCAAUUACACCAGAUGUUACUACAGCUCAAGACUCCUGUCGCUACAACUGUGGGAACCACCUAGGAAGAUGUUCCUGUGACUACUCCUGUGAAUCCUAUGGCAACUGUUGUGAUGACUACUACUAUCAAUGUAUAUCCCCUACAGCAGACCCACCCUUUGAUACUACAGCUCAAGAAUCCUGUCGCCACAACUGUGGCUACAACCUGGGAAGCUGUUCCUGCGAGUACUACUGUCAAUCAUACGGCAACUGUUGCUAUGACUACAACUCUCAGUGUCCAUACACUACAAUUACACCAGAUGUUACUACAGCUCAAGACUCCUGUCGCUACAACUGUGGGAACCACCUAGGAAGAUGUUCCUGUGACUACUCCUGUGAAUCCUAUGGCAACUGUUGCGAUGACUACUACUAUCAAUGUAUAUCCCCUACAGCAGACCCACCCUUUCAUACACCAGAUGUGGCUACAGCUCAAGAAUCCUGUCGCCACAACUGUGGCUACAACCUGGGAAGCUGUUCCUGCGAGUACUACUGUCAAUCAUACGGCAACUGUUGCUAUGACUACAACUCUCAGUGUCCAUACACUACAAUUACACCAGAUGUUACUACAGCUCAAGACUCCUGUCGCUACAACUGUGGGAACCACCUAGGAAGAUGUUCCUGUGACUACUCCUGUGAAUCCUAUGGCAGCUGUUGCGAUGACUACUACUAUCAAUGUAUAUCCCCUACAGCAGACCCACCCUUUGAUACUACAGUUAAUAACUGUGGUUGGUGGCUGUACUCUACUGAGGGGAGUAUUACCAGCCCCAACUACCCACAACAGUAUCCUAACAACAUGGAUUGUGUGUGGGUCAUCAGUCCAGGCUCUGAAGUUAUAGAACUGGAGUUCCUCCAUGUUGAAUUAGAGGGGUCAGACUGCAGAUAUGAUGGCAUCCAGGUCUAUGAUGGCCCCAGUAUUAACCAAAGGCAGCUUGGCAGAUUGUGUGGUAAUCAGAGGUCUACUUUCCACUCCACUGGUAAGACUCUGACCGUACGCUUCACCACUGACAGUAGCCAGACAUACCAAGGAUUUCGGGCCGAAUACAGAGUUGUGGCGGACGGUUCCUGCAGAUAUAACUGUGGCUAUUUGGUCGGAAACUGUUCCUGCGGCUACUCCUGUGAAUCCUAUGGCAACUGUUGCUAUGACUAUCUAUCCCAGUGUAUGGGCACUACAGCAUACCCACCAGAUGUUACUACAGCUCAAGAAUCCUGUCGCUACAACUGUGGGAACCACCUGGGAAGCUGUUCUUGCGAUUACUCCUGUCAAUACUACGGCAACUGUUGCUAUGACUACAACUCUCAGUGUUCAUACACUACAUUUACACCAGAUGUUACUACAGCUCAAGAAUCCUGUCGCUACAACUGUGGGAACCACCUGGGAAGCUGUUCUUGCGACUACUCCUGUCAAUACUACGGCAACUGUUGCUAUGACUACUACUCUCAGUGUUACGAUACAAGUACAACAGAUGUUCCUACAGUUAAUAACUGUGGUGGGUGGCUGUACUCUACUGAGGGGAGUAUUACCAGCCCCAACUACCCACAACAGUAUCCUAACAACAUGGAUUGUGUGUGGGUCAUCAGUCCAGGCUCUGAAGUUAUAGAACUGGAGUUCCUCCAUGUUGAAUUAGAGGGGUCAGACUGCAGAUAUGAUGGCAUCCAGGUCUAUGAUGGCCCCAGUAUUAACCAAAGGCAGCUUGGCAGAUUGUGUGGUAAUCAGAGGUCUACUUUCCACUCCACUGGUAAGACUCUGACCGUACGCUUCACCACUGACAGUAGCCAGACAUACCAAGGAUUUCGGGCCGAAUACAGAGUUGUGGCGGACGGUUCCUGCAGAUAUAACUGUGGCUAUUUGGUCGGAAACUGUUCCUGCGGCUACUCCUGUGAAUCCUAUGGCAACUGUUGCUAUGACUAUCUAUCCCAGUGUAUGGGCACUACAGCAUACCCACCAGAUGUUACUACAGCUCAAGAAUCCUGUCGCUACAACUGUGGGAACCACCUGGGAAGCUGUUCUUGCGAUUACUCCUGUCAAUACUACGGCAACUGUUGCUAUGACUACAACUCUCAGUGUUCAUACACUACAUUUACACCAGAUGUUACUACAGCUCAAGAAUCCUGUCGCUACAACUGUGGGAACCACCUGGGAAGCUGUUCUUGCGACUACUCCUGUCAAUACUACGGAAACUGUUGCUAUGACUACUACUCUCAGUGUUACGAUACAAGUACAACAGAUGUUCCUACAGUUAAUAACUGUGGUUGGUGGCUGUACUCUACUGAGGGGAAUAUUACCAGCCCCAACUACCCACAACAGUAUCCUAACAACAUGGAUUGUGUGUGGGUCAUCAGUCCAGGCUCUGAAGUUAUAGAACUGGAGUUCCUCCAUGUUGAAUUAGAGGGGUCAGACUGCAGAUUUGAUGGCAUCCAGGUCUAUGAUGGCCCCAGUAUUAACCAAAGGCAGCUUGGCAGAUUGUGUGGUAAUCAGAGGUCUACUUUCCACUCCACUGGUAAGACUCUGACCGUACGCUUCACCACUGACAGUAGCCAGACAUACCAAGGAUUUCGGGCCGAAUACAGAGUUGUGGCGGACGGUUCCUGCAGAUAUAACUGUGGCUAUUUGGUCGGAAACUGUUCCUGCGGCUACUCCUGUGAAUCCUAUGGCAACUGUUGCUAUGACUACUUAUCUCAGUGUGUAGGCACUACAGCAUACCCACCAGAUGUUACUACAGGUCCACCUUGCGGAGGCUCUCUAUCCAUCUCUGGGUCGUUCUCCAGCCCGGGCUACCCUGGCAACUACCACGGCAACAGCAACUGCGUGUGGCAGCUGAGAGCAUCGAAUGACCAUAAGAUAUACCUGUCCAUCACUGACCUCCAGUUGGAGGACUGCUGUUCCUGUGACUACGUAGCCGUCUAUGAUGGACCCAGCGUGAACUCGCGACCUUUGGGGAAAUUGUGCAACAACACGUUGAACUUCUUCCAGUCCUCCUCCACGUACCUAACUGUUCUCUUCCGGACGGACGGCUCAGGGACCGGCCGAGGGUUCAACGCCGAAUUCAAAAGCUCUCUUCCACCAGGCGCAGGUCGAGUGGAGUGUUCUUCAGACAACAUGAACAUUGUGAUUGAGAAGUCCUACCUCGACUCUCUGGGCUACGAUGGCCACGGUCUGUACUUGAAUGACCAGCACUGCAGACCCCAAAUCUCUGCAUUCCAAGUGAUCUUCAGUUUCCCGAUGAAUACUUGUGGCACAGAGCAAAAGUUUGAGAGUGGCAGAAUCGUAUAUACGAAUGCGGUGCGCGCCUUUGAGUCCGACUACGGUCUGAUCACGCGUCAGUCCUCCCUCAAGUUGAACGUGGACUGUCACAUGGAGCCGGACACCACAGUCCAGAACCUGUAUAUCGCCCGGGCCGGGGUAAAUGACAGUAUCACGGGCAUGGGCAGAUUCAACGGGACCAUGGCCUUCUACACCUCCAGAAGUUUUACAUAUAUGACAACAAAAGAAAAGCAGGACAAAAGUGACCCAGGUUCCAUACAUGGUGACCUGAACCAGGCCAUGUACGUCCAGGUGAACCUGAGGAGGGACGACAAAGGCCUGGUUCUCUUCCUUGACACGUGUGUGGCUUCGCCCUCGCCCCACGACUUUCAGAACAACACUUACGACCUUGUCCGCAACGGAUGCGGCGUAGACAGCACCUACCAGGCCUACGACUCGGGCACCAAGAGCUACGCCCGCUUCACCUUCAGGCCUUCCAGUUCCUGCGGACCCCACGAGUCGGUGUACCUGCAGUGCAAGGUGGUGGUCUGCCCCGCCUCCGCCUCCAACUCCCGCUGCCGCCGGGGCUGCAGCAGGCGUAGGGCCCGGGCGCUCAGGGCCUCCGAGGACAGCCACACCCUGGUCCUGGGGCCGCUCACACUGCAAGACCUGGGGAGCCAGGGUGAAGCGAGUGUGAAGGAGGAGGUGGCGCCCGAGAAGACCAUUGAUAUUUGAUUAAUCAUGGGUUUUCAGCCAUUGUUUCUAAUCAAUUGUACUUCUGCUCUUUGUGUUGUGUUAUCUGCUGUACGGCCAACACUGUUAAGACUCUCCUUUCAUCUUCAUUCCGAUUAAAAGCAUAUCUAACGACAAUAAA